AUGGACACCCGGGAGCUGAAGAUGUCUCGCCAGCGCUAUUUCUGGACCUUGCGAAGUUUUUCCAUGGGCCAUGAGUCCAUGACUGCUGGAGACCUUCCCCAAGGGGAACACGGCCAGCACUCGCGCAAGGAUAGAAGCUCGUCGACGGGCUACGAGAACGCGGGAAGCCUCAUCUAUCAGAUGAAGCGCCAAGCCGGCAGCACCCUGCGCAGAGGGAGGAACCGUAAUGACGAUGCCCAUGUCUCUCCCUCGGUGAACCACUGCCGUCCUGUUACCGAAAACAGCGAGACCCCAGCUCUCCGGCGGCCUGCUGUUGGACUGUUGGACAACGCUCCAGUGUUUCCAGUGGUCCCCUGGAGACUGGCGGGGGGUUCGCCGGGUCUCUAUACAAGGACUUUCUGGCUUCCAGAACCCUCCUGGCCAGCUUUACCUGCGUGCCCUGCGUCAAGCCGGCCAACAGAGAACACAGGCCCUGGCGACGUCACUGCAGAUGGGCCACUUGGCAGUGCGCUGACACAGCCCGUGCCCCCUAUCAAGUUUGCAGCGCGCAGCCAGCAUGGGGGCCCUGGCGUGGAAUUCCUCUUCUCGUCCGAGACUGUCCGCAGGUCCAUCUACGAUCCCCUCAAGACUCAUCUUCGGCGUCUUACCCGCGCCAUCUCACUGCUGCAGAGAAGCAGACGGCUUCCCACGGUGGCUCUCACGUGGGAUCGCGCAGCGCCGCCGCAGCCCGCGGGACCAUAUGACCUCGAAACAUGUUCACCCCUCCUUCGACCCGUCAUGGAGACGAGGAAGUUCAACUGGCGGAGAUACUCUGCGCCAGUUGCCAUCGCCAGCAUGAUCCUAGCGGCCCUCUCCGUCGUCCUCUACUUCAACAUUCGUGAAUAUCUCGCUGCCAACUUGCCGAGGGUCACCGUCGAUCUCGGCUACGCGAGGUAUUCUGGGAAUUCGCUCCCGAGCGGCGUGAACCAGUUUCUGGGAAUGCGGUAUGCGGCGCCUCCGAUAGGAAAUCUGAGAUGGAGAGCACCUCAAGAUCCUGAGCCGAAAGAGGGCACGACAGAUGCCAUCGAUUUUGGGCCCAUUUGUCUCGGGACGGAUGUGACUUAUCCUACUUCAGGUCAAGACGAGGACUGCUUAUACGCCAACGUCUGGUCGCCAACAAACACGACGGCUGACUCGAAGCUUCCUGUAUGGUUAUUCAUUCAAGGCGGUGGUUACACUUCAAAUGCCAAUCCCAAUUGGAACGGCUCCCAAGUUGUAGAUGUCUCGGGCAAAAAGGUUGUCUUUUUUGGCGGUGACCCAAACCAUGUAGUCAUCCACGGCCUCUCAGCCGGAGCAGGCUCGGUCGCCCUCCACCUCGCAGCUUACGGCGGACGCGACGACAAGCUCUUCAUAGGCGCCAUGUCCGAGUCGGUCUUCUUCCCCGCGCAGCCUCGUGUUCCGGAGCUUGAGUACCAGUUCAAUCAGACGCUGGCUAAGGUAGGCUGUACAGAUGACAAGGACCAGAUGGGCUGUCUGCGCGGUAAAGACAUCAAAGCGAUCCAGGACGCCAAUAUCGCAUCGCCAUUUCCGGGGAGGGCGGCAAACCCGCACUUUUACUGGACUCCAUGUAUAGAUGGCGAUAUUCUACAAGAUUAUCCGUACCGGCUCUAUGACAAGGGUUCAUUCAUCAAAGUCCCCGUCCUCUUUGGGACAGGAAGUAACGAGGGAUCCGUUUUCGCCGCCAACGUCGCAACCCAAGACGAAUUCGUCUCCUUCAUGACAGACAACUACCCCAAACUCACAAAGAACGAAACCGACCCGAUGCUGCAAAAGUACCCGCUGUUGCCGCCACUCCCGAACCACAACGUCUGGUUCCCGUCCACCAGCCAAGCCUACGGCGAGACGACCUUCAUUUGCCCCGCCAACACCAUCAUGAACGCCUACGCGGCCGCCAACCGCUCCGGGACGAGCUGGUCCUACCGCUUCAACGUCCAGGACAACGACAACACGGCCUCCGGCCUCGGUGUCCCGCACGUCUUUGAGGCGCCCGCCAUCUUUGGCAUCGACGCGUGUCCGACGCCCGACAGUUUCCGGACGUAUAACAAACCCAUUGUCUCGCUGAUGAUGAAGUACGUCAUCUCAUUUGUGCGCGAUCUCAACCCCAAUACGUAUAAGCUCGCGGGUGCCCCAGACUGGGGUGACUGGGGACGGAAUCAGUCGCGGUUCGUGUUUGAGUUGAAUAAGAACCGGAUGGAGAACGUCGAUGAUGGGCAGAGGGAUCGGUGUAACUUUUGGAAGGGGAUCGUGGAGGUCAUGGAGCAUGGCGCGGCGCAAGGCAGCCGCCUCAACAUUCGAAACGAGUCCAUGCCGUUGAAGGACACCCAAGCUGAGGUUACACGGAAGGAUGAGGAAAAGUCGGAGCGUGAAGAGCAGGCUGUGUAUGAUGAUGCGGACUGGGAGCAUGUGGGGGCAUCUAUCGAUGAGAAAGAAACGGCUGAAGAGGAGCGUACCGAAGAUGAGGAAGCCAGCCAGCCGGGUCAGGUAGCCUUCGAGAAACCGGAGCGCCGGUGGCAGGGACUUCGAAGACAGGAAGAUGAGGCGAAAGGGAAUGUUGUUUCUGAGCUUCUUUUCUUCCUAGCUGGAAUAUUCCUAUGGGCUGUCUGA